GUUGAGUUGUCAAAACGUCGCUAGCAAACGCUCAAAGAUUUGUUUAUUUCAGAGGUUAUAUUUUCUAGUUUUCCGCAAAUAACGGAUAAAAAAAGUAAAUAUAACUUAUAUUAUAAAUACAAUGUCUAUAAUAGCCGUCAAAGGUGUACCACAAAAGUGGUCGCUUAUGAAUGUUGUGAAGAUUCUGGCUAAAACAAUAGCUGGUAAUUUCGAAGCUCUAAACUUUCAAAAUGGGAAAGGAAAAUCUGCUGGCAAAAACAAGACAUGCUAUUUAAGAUUGUCGGAAAAAUUGGACCCUGUGCGUGUUGUGGAGAAAAUUAACUCGAAUGUAUUUCCAAAGCAGUUCCGGCCGUUCGCAUUAAUUCCUGAUCAUGUUCCCGACAUUCCGCUAGCAGUGAAACCCAGGAAGAUACCUACGAAGCUACGAAGAGCACUUCUUAUAUCUGAUGAGAAGGAACCAGAGAAGGUCAUGGCUCUGACAAAUGAUGAGAUUAUGAUGGAGCUGCAGUGUAAGUACCCAGGCCUGAACAGUAUCAGCAAGAAAACCAACCAUAAACUCAUGGAGGAGUUGACUAAGAAAGUGUUCGAGCGCAUCCAAACGAUAGGAGAGAGGAACGCUGAGGUACUGGAGUCUUGUUUCAAGCUGAGCCAGUGCUACCGUCGCACGCAUCCACAUUUCGGCGACUUCCAACUUGUACUGAGUACUCUACACCCGCUACAAGACGCCGCCGGGAUCCCACGCACGCAACUCAGUGAAAAGGAACUUGCUGAGCUACCCUCACAUUCUUACAUGAUUGACAACUUGCCGUUCGACAAAGUGCAGCAAGCCUGCAACAAAUAUUCAGAAAGGAUUAUAAAGAAGGUCACUGAACACGUGAAGAACCUCAAAUCUAAUGUGGUGGGGACUGACACAGAGGAUGAAGUCGUCAGAAAGAAGGUUCGAGAGGAACUCAAGAAGAUGACGCCUUUCUUGCCCAUGAUCGUGAAGCAAGUUGUGAACAAGCACUUCAUCCCACAAAAGACGGGUUACUACAAACUGCGGAUAUACGGCGAGCCAUUCCUCCCGGGUAAGGAGACGUUGGCGCCAUUCUUGCGUCGGUUCCAAGCGGGGCGUAUGAAUCGCUCGGAGCGCAUGUACAACUUGCUGCGGUUUGACGUGCCCCCCUCCCACUACGCCGCCAUCAUGGCCAUGGAUGGCACUGUUCUCAACGGUGCAAAACUAGUGAUAAGACCAUCGGACCUGCCCAUGUACAAGUUGUCGAAUUCCAUCCUAAGCGCCAGUCUUGACGCAGACGUUCAGGAUGAAGAAAUGAAACCGGAACAACUGGUCGAGUGGAACGAAGAUAUGUAGAGAAACUUUCCUUGCUAAACAGAAUUCUUACACAACUUAAUUCAUUGUAAAUAACAACUUACGCGAAUUAAUUGCGAGAAGCUUUACUAGUUUGAAGACACAAGUGUGGAAGAGUCAAACGGCACAAAUGGGUCGGCUCGACCGGAGUGAUACCACGGCCUCACAGAAAACAGGCGUGAAACAACCACAGCGUUGUGUUUCGCCGUGUGAGUGAGGUUACCGGAGUCCCAUUGCCUCCCCCUCCCCUCAUCCAUUCCCAAUCCCUAAAUAUCUGAGACCAUUAUUCCUAAAAGGCUGGCAACACACUCGUAACUCCUUUGGUGUUGCGGGUGUCUAUGAUGGGCGACGCUGAUACCAUCAGGUAAUCAGUAUGCCAUAAAAAUCAAGGGACUCUAAGCUCUUAUUCAUUAGCAGUGUGCGCGUCGCGGUGACGUCGCACAGCCAAAUUAGUCGCAUUGUGACUUGUAGGGCUUUUCUCAGUUUAUUC